AUGGCAGAACGCCCUGUUGAAGCGGAGGGAUCUCCAGAAGUACCCGCCCAUGCGUCACCUGCUCCAGAACCACUUGCAGCCUCUACGGAAGAAACCCCUGCCGAAGCACCAACCGCACCGGACGAAGACUUCCACAAUCCUGAGCACUGGGCCACUUUGACAGGAGGAAAUGUACCCGGAGACGACGAUACAGAUUCAGCUGUCGGCGACGAUGUUGCAAGCUCAACCGAGUCUAUAUCUUCAAGUAUUCUCCAUUACCGAACAAUCAACGGAAGAACAUAUCAUUCUGAACGAGGCAACGCUGAAUACUGGACCCCGAACGAUGAACAUCACAAGGAGUCUAUGGAUAUAGGACAUCAUCUCUUGUCUCUGUCGUUAGAAGGCAAGCUUCACUUGGCGCCAUUGAAGGAUGACAUCCAGACGGUGUUGGAUGUUGGGACAGGAACCGGUAUCUGGGCGAUUGACUUUGCCGAUGAGUAUCCCAAUGCCGAAGUGACAGGAACCGACAUUUCUCCAAUUCAACCUGACUGGAUUCCUCCUAAUCUAAAGUUCGAAAUCGAAAAUUGUACCCAAGAAUGGACCUUCCAGCCGGAAAGCUUUGAUUUUGUAUAUAUGCGCUACCUCUACGGAAGUAUCAGCGACUGGCCUGCUCUGUUCAGAGAGGCCUAUAGAGUCUGUAAACCUGGCGGUUGGGUUGAAAGCUAUGAGGCGUCGCCUAGGAUGGAAAGCGACGACGGCAGUGUAACUGAAGGCUGUGCUAUUAACGAAUGGGGGAAGUUCUUUAUUGAAGGCGGUAGGAAGCUUAACCGCACUUUUGAAAUUAUAGACAAGGAUCUGCAAAAGAAGGGCAUGGAGGAAGCUGGAUUCGUCGAUGUUCAAGUUUGGGAUUUCAAGGCACCUAUCGGAGGGUGGCCAAAGGACCCUCGACUUAAAGAAAUCGGGCAGUUUGCUCAAGCUGCUCUUGAACAGGACUACGAGGGAUAUGUCAUGUAUAUGGCCAACAUGGUACUUGGAUGGUCGAGGGACGAUGUUGUGCUUUACUGUGCCCAAUUGAGAAAGGAAGUUCGUUCAGGAAAGUUUCAUCCGUUCUACCGACAGCGCGUUGUAUAUGGUCGGAAGCCGGAAUAG